GCACUUAAAAAUAGAAAAGAAUUCAAAGGCUCGAGUUGAUUCAUAUCCUUGACCACAUAUAGAGAAUCGUCAACUCUCCAUAAGGCCCGGAGUCAAAAGAUUCAAAGGCCUUUUGGUUACUUUGAACCCCCACUCACCUCAAGCGCUCAAACAAUGAUUCCAAAAGAUGAAAAAGUUUAUAAAAGAGCGAAUCUUUCUUUCAUUCUAACUCCCAUGCACAAAGUAUUCAUGAAGAACAUUUGAUACACUUUAAUAAACUUUAACGUCUAAUGAUGAAAAUAUUUUGCAGGACGGAAGGCCCAUGUCAAAAAUGUAUAACUGCUCCGCCUAGACAUGGCUUUCACCCCAAACCCUACUUCGCUACCUGGGUAGGCGAACGAAAACGUGCGCCCCGAGUCAUGGCGGACAGAGGUGGUUUCGGACGAGGCUUCGGAGGAGAAAGGCGAGGAGGCCGUGGAGACCGUGGACCUCGGGGAGAUCGUGGACGCGGUCGCCGCCGCCGUGCUACUGAAGAGGAGAAAUGGGUUCCAUGUACAAAGCUCGGUCGGCUGGUGAAGGAAGGAAGGAUCAGUUCAUUGGAGCAGAUCUACCUUCAUUCGCUCCCCAUCAAGGAGUAUCAGAUUGUUGAUACCCUCAUCGGCCCAUCCUUGAAGGACGAGGUGAUGAAGAUUAUGCCGGUUCAGAAGCAGACCCGGGCUGGUCAGAGGACCCGAUUCAAGGCUUUCGUCGUCGUGGGAGAUGGGAACGGUCACGUAGGUCUGGGUGUCAAGUGCUCCAAGGAAGUUGCAACUGCCAUUCGCGGAGCCAUCAUUGCCGCGAAGCUUUCUCUGAUUCCCGUGAGGAGAGGCUACUGGGGAAACAAGAUCGGAAAGCCUCACACUGUUCCCUGUAAGGUCACUGGAAAGUGUGGGUCGGUAACCGUCCGGAUGGUUCCUGCUCCCAGAGGUGCCGGUAUUGUGGCGGCUAGGGUUCCAAAGAAGGUCCUCCAAUUCGCUGGUAUUGAAGAUGUUUUCACAUCUUCCCGUGGCUCAACAAAAACCCUAGGAAAUUUCGUCAAGGCUACUUUUGAUUGUCUCUCUAAGACAUACGGAUUCCUCACGCCAGAUUUCUGGGCUCAAACCAAAUUCAUAAAAUCCCCAUUCGAGGAGUUCAGCGAUAUCUUGGCUGGCCCCACAACCAAGUACAGUGCUCCCGCAGAGGCCGCUGGUGAAAAGCCGGAGGCGUGAGCUUUAGAUCUUCUUUGUUACUAAGAUUGUCUGUUUUGAUUUGAUUCCCAAUCCAGGGAGCUCAAUUUUCUUAUGGCUUUUAAUCAUAGUACUACCACCCCAGUUUGUUUUUUUGUUUUUUUCAUUGACUGCCGUUUAUGUUUCCAAAUAGACUAGGGCUUGUGCCAUGUUGCCCAUUCAUGAAAAAAAGACUUCAAUACGAAUACCUUAGUGCUCAUUUU